AUGGCAUCACACGGCGACCUCCGGGCCCCGGCCGGAGACGGCAAGACGGCCUCGGGGCCCCUGGAGACGGAGUUCCUCGUCGUCGGCGCCGGACCGGCGGGAGCCUCGCUGGCGUGCUUCCUGGCGUCCUACGGCCUGAAGGGCAUCAUGAUCAGCGCGGCGCCCGGCACGGCUGAUACGCCGAGGGCUCACAUCACGAACAUGGCGGCGCAAGAAUGCCUCCGCGACAUCGGCCUCGACCAAGAAGUCGAGCAGGUCUCGUCCCAGGGCCACUGCAUGGUGCACACGCGGUGGUGCCACAGCAUGGCCGGCGUCGAGUACGCGCGCCUCUUCUCGUGGGGCAACGACCCGCAGCGCAAGGGCGACUACGAGGAGGCCAGCCCCUGCUCGCCGGUCGACCUGCCGCAGACGCUCCUCGAGCCCAUCCUCGUCCGCCACGCCACCCACAGCGGCUUCAAGACGCGCUUCGACACGAGCCUGACGUCCUUCUCGCGCGACGCCGCGUCCGGCGCCAUCACGGCGCAGGUCCGGGACAACCUGUCGGGCGCCGAGUACGCCAUCCGCACGCGCUACCUGUUCGGCGCCGACGGCGCGCAGAGCCAGGUCGUGAAGCAGCUCGGCAUCCCGCUCGUCCGCAAGCCCGGCGGCGGGCUCGCCAUCAACGUCCUCGUGCGCGCCGACCUGUCGCACCUCGUCGACUCGCGCCGCGGCAACCUGCACUGGGUCAUGCAGCCCGACCGCGAGCACCCGGCCUUUGGCUGGAUGGCGCUCGUGCGCAUGGUCAAGCCCUGGCACGAGUGGAUGUUCAUCCUGUUCCCCGAGCAGGGCAGCGCGCCCGACAUGAACGCCCCGCGCGACGAGUACCUGAAGCGGGUCAAGGAGAUGAUUGGCGACGACACCCCCGCCGAGAUCCUCGGCGUGUCCAAGUGGUUCAUCAACGAGAUUGUGGCGGAGCGGUACGACGACGACGAGGGGAACAUUUUCUGCCUCGGCGACGCCGUGCACCGGCACCCGCCCUUCAACGGCCUGGGCUCCAACACCUGCAUCCAGGACGCCUUCAACCUGGCCUGGAAGGUCGCCUACGUGCACCGCGGCCUGGCCGACCCCUCCCUGCUCAAGACCUACAGCGCCGAGCGCCAGCCCGUCGGCAAGGCCAUCAUCACGCAGGCCAACGACUCCUUCCGCGAGCACUUCCACGUCUGGGAGGCCCUCGGCGCCACGCCCAAGGACCUCGCGGAGCGCACGCAGAUCCUGUCCCGGCUCGAGGCCGAGGGCCCCGAGGGCCGCGCCGGCCGCAAGGCCUUCCGCGAGGCCAUCCACAGCACGCGCCACGAGUUCCACGCCCUGGGCAUCGAGAUGGGCCAGCACUACGAGAGCGCCGCCGUCGCGCAGGCCGACGAGCCGGCGCCCUACGCCGUGCCCGCCCGGGUCGCCGAGGAUCCCGUGCUGCACCUCCACCGCAACACCUACCCGGGCUGCCGCCUGCCGCACGUCUGGCUCAACACGGCCGUGCCCAGCACGCCGAAGUCGACCAUCGACCUCGCGGGCCACGGCAAGUUCGUGCUCUUCACGGGCAUCGGCGGCGGCGCGUGGAAGGCCGCCGCCGCGACGGUGGCGGCGGAGCUCGGCGUGCCCGUCGACGCGCACUCCAUCGGCUUCCGGCAGGACUGGGAGGACUUUUACUUUGACUGGGAGAGGCUGCGCGGCGUGGAGGAGUCGGGCGCCGUGCUGGUGCGGCCCGACCGGUUCGUGGCGUGGCGGUGCCAGGAGGUCGUCGGCGACGCGGACGCGUGCGCCGCGAGGCUGAAGGGGGUCAUCAGGGGUGUUUUGGGGUUCAAGGAGUAG